GUUGGUGAUCUUCAAAAGGGUGAAAAAUACCUGAAUAUGGAUUAUAUCGUGUUUUCGGCACUCGCAAAGUUACCUCGUCUCACCAAUGUCAAUCUUUCGUACAACAUUGCCUGUCAAUGGCACAAGAAGCUCAAGGACCACAUUCCUGGAAUGCCCCUCAAGCUCCAACCUGGCAAGCAGGCAGACCCACUCUCACAGAUAUCCAGUGCAUCUGCACAGAAGAAGUUCAACUUCUUCAUCCCUAAAUUCCAUCUCGCAGCUCAUAUCAAGGCCUGUCAGACUAAAUUUUCCUUCAACUGGACUCCAGGUGUCGGUCGAACUGAUGGGGAAGCGCCCGAACGCGGAUGGGCCAAUAUCAACCGUGUGGCUACAAGUACCAAGGAAAUGGGUCCUGGUGCCCGCCGAGAGAUUCUGGAUGACUUCUUUGGAGAUUCGAAUUGGAAAAAAACCACUGUGCUAGGGCUCUAUCAAGAGUCGGACUUAGGCGUCUCAUCACUAGCAACAUGGAAAGCCGAGAUAAAAUCUUGGGAGACCGACCACACCAACCCAAACCCUUUUGAACGCCGAGUCGACAGUGAGUCAUACCUUCAAUUAUUUGAUUGA